UAUAUAGACAUUUUUAAAAUAUCCUUUUACUUUUAUACUUUUUGUGGUUGUUGUUUCAGCUGGUUUCAUACUAGGUUACUGAACUUGACAUCAGAAAUGGUUAAAGCGGUUACACACAUGUCAAACACACUUUGUACUUGUCCUCACGCCCUCGCUCAGUGACUCAGGAGGGUAAACUGUCCUCGCAGGUGUUGACUAAUGCCCACGGACGGACAGACAGAUGGACGGACAGAGGAUAAAUAGGAGCUGAGGUCAGCUGUGAGAGCAGAAGGUUGAAAACAGACUAAACUAUGAGGACGUUGCUGUUGUUGUGUCUCUGUGGCUUCGCCGCCUGUGCACUGGAUACUUUAGAUUAUGACGACUACGACACGGAUGCCAAGAAGCAACCCGCAAAUAAUGGAUCAGACCAAACAGUUGGUGUAGAUGCUCGUGGCCACCGUCCAUUGGAUCGGCAAAGAGAACGUUACAACCCAAACCGUUAUGUCCCACCUCCGGUCAGCGGCGGCAGCAGGUACCGUGGACGCCCCUCCACCCCCACAACAGGAGUCGCACAGGUGGAGGAGAAGGUGGAGCAGCCGGAGAGUGGAGGAUGCACCCACGCCUCAGAAGAAAUGGGUGUGUUGUGUCCUAACGGCUGUGAGCUGAAGACGAUGCUGCAGAAACAGGAGAGGAACGUUAAAACGGGCAUUAAUGUACUGAAACCUCAGGUGGACGAACUGGUUCGAUCUUCCAACAACAUCUACACGUACGUCACCUCCAUGGAGGUCUCUCUGAGGGAACGCCAGAGGAUCAUCAGGGAUAAUAACAACGUGGUGGGUCAGUACACCGAACGAGUGGAGGAACAACACACCUACAUUAAAGAGACCGUGGACACCAUCUUCCCCUCAAACAUCCGAGUCCUUCAGGGGGUUGUGGAUAAGAUCCGUCAGAAGAUCCAGAAGCUGGAGGAGGCCAUUAAUACUCAGAGAGCACAGUGUUCUGAACGCUGUACGACCAAGUGUCCCAUCCCUGUGGUGUCUGGUAAGGAAUGUGAGGACAUCUACCGCCGUGGAGGCAGAGACUCUCAGCUGUACCUGGUCCACCCGGACACUUUCUACCCACCAUACAAGGUCUACUGUGACCAGACCACCCAGAAUGGAGGAUGGCUUCUUAUCCAGAGCAGGCUCGACGGCAGCGUUGAAUUCGGUCGCCGCUGGGACAGUUACAGACGAGGAUUUGGAAAUAUCGCCUUUGACAUUGGCAAAGGUUACUGUGAGACUCCAGGUGAAUACUGGCUGGGGAACGAUCGCAUUAGUCAGCUGACAAAGAUGGGUCCCACCGAGGUUCUGAUUGAGAUGGAGGACUGGACCGGAGCCAAGGUCAGCGCUCAGUACCAGCAGUUCACCAUCCAGUCCGAGUCGUCCAACUACAUCCUGUCAGUUGACGGUUACUCCGGUAACGCUGGGAACUGUUUCCUGGAGGGAUCCUCAGAGCUGUUUGGUGUAAACCGCACCAUGACCAUCCACAACGGUAUGAUGUUCAGCACCUACGACAGAGACAACGACAACUGGAACCCCGGUGACCCGUCCAAACAGUGUUCCAGAGAAGACGGAGGCGGAUGGUGGUACAACCGCUGCCACUCGGCCAAUCCCAAUGGCCGUUAUUACAUAGGCGGAGUCUACACCCGCGACAUGGCCAAACACGGCACCGACGACGGCGUGGUGUGGAUGAACUGGAAGGGAAGCUGGUACUCGCUCAAAGCCAUCAGCAUGAAAAUCCGGCCGUUCUUCGCCUCCAGAUAAUCACAAUGAAGCGCUGACACAUAUAACACACAGGAAACUGACAGAAUAAAGGAAAAUGUUAUUUUAACUGGAAACCAUUAGUAGAGAGAAAAGCAUCAGACCUAAAUCUUCCUAUUUACAGACUGUUAUUUCGUAAGAGUUUAAGGGAGUAACUAACAUGUCAAUUAUAAAAGAAAUGUGACGUUAAAUUAUAGCUGUACGUCAAAGUAUUAGCAGUCGCAAAAGAUUACAAUUGAAAAGAUAAAAGCAGUAGUUGCAGGUUUAUGCUUUUUUUUUCCAGGCAGUGAUCUGUAUGUUAGUGGAUACAUACAUGAACCUACAUUUGACCAGUUUGUGCAUGAGCAUGUUGUGUUAUAUGUGUCGUCUUCAGUGUGAACUAAAGGACGAGUUGAUGUCAACCGUCCUCCGCUACUCAAUAAACAUAUUGAGGA